AUGAAUAUGCAACCAUCUUUGUCUCUAUGCUCACCUCAGACAUUGUCUUCAUCAACUUCUAUACUGGACACCAAUACAAAUAGUGAUAGCAGUGGCAUCAGUAUCAAACCUAUGCGCAGAAACACCAUCCAUUCCAAUAUUACACCACCUAUUGCCACCCAACCAAUUCCCAAAAAAUCACAACAAAUUAGAACUGACAAACCAAGACCACAUAUGUGUAGUGUUUGUACUCGUGCUUUUGCCAGAUUAGAACAUUUGAAACGUCAUGAGAGAGCUCACACUAAUGAAAAACCUUACCAGUGUGCUGCUUGUGGUAGAUGUUUCGCUCGUCGUGACUUGGUGUUGCGUCACCAACAAAAACUUCAUACAAAUUUACCAACAUUGAUGCGCAAAGGUUCUUCGAAGGAUCAAGAUAUCAAUGAACAUAUAAAUGUAUUGCAAAACAAUACUGAUCCAAAUGCCCCUUUACCAAAUGGUGCAACACCUUUGCCUGAGGCUUUGAAUGACGCUAUUGCUGAAACAACCAACCACAGUAAACCUCAAUUUCGUACUGGUUUAUUUGGCAACGACAACCAAUCUCAAACACAUACCAAUGGAAGUCUGCCUCAUCCACUGAUGGGUCCAUCACCAAUAACUUCAAAUAGUUCACCAAGACCUAGUAUCACUCUACACAGUAGCAAUGGAAGAAAAGACAGUGUUUCUUUCAAUCAACUGGUUAAAGCCACACCAAUGUCGCGUCAAAGCUCAAUUGCUAGUAGAAGAAAAUCGAGUCAAAUUAAACAAGAACCAUCCCCAGAAUCAGAUACCCCCAAGAGGAAGAAAAUGACACCUUUUAAGCCAGACUUCACCGACAAGUCGUCUCAUUACUUGCACAAUUACAGACACGCGUCGUAUUCAGCUGCUUCGGGGAUUUCUUAUGCCAAUGCCAAGGAUGCUAUGCAAAUUCAAGAACAAAAUGCUCUCGAGUUUGGCGAUGCAGUACCGUCACAAGUUGAAUUUGGUACCCCACCACUUGGUCCUCAAAGUGAAGAGUAUCAUAAAAUUAUGGAAAUGGGUGAUUUAUUAGACUGGGGUAACAUUGAUCAUCUAGAUGUAAGUGAUGACAAGUUUUCACUCCGUCAAAAGUCAUUGAAGAACUUGCAAGAUUUCUUCACUCUAGGUCCCAGGAAUAAUGGCAACAUGAAGGCAAUUUCUAUGCAACAUGCACAGAGUGUACCACAAAGGAAAUCCAUUUUCGCUUUAGAGGAUGAGUCCAUGGAUCCGGCAGCUGGAUUUCCUGUUCAACCACCACCCAUUAUGGAGAAUGAAACAGCUCAAACGCAAUCGCAACAGCAACAAACACAACCACAACAGCAAGCACAACCACCACCACAACAAGCACAGCAGCAGCAGCAGCCAUCACAAUUGCACCAGUUGCUGCCUCAAUCGCAACAAGGCUCAAUUUCCUCGGUUGGAAGCAUUGAUCCACUGCAAUUAAGCAACAAAAAUGGUAAUAUUGCAACCUCAAGUGCAGGCAAAAGAUCAAGAUCAUCAAUGGAAGCUUCUGCUACCCCGCAAGGCAGCUUACUAGGAAAUGGCAAUAUGGCACCUACAUUCCCUAACGAAACCGAUUGGGUCAAGGAUUUGGUUAAUCCAGGUCUUGAUUUGAAUUUGAAUUUUAGUGCAAGUACCAGCUUUGAUGAUUUGAAAGGCUAUUUCAACAAUCAAAAACUGGGUGAAAACUCCAUCAAUCUUCCAAAGAAGCAAGCUCAAGAUUUCAUGCAACAAUUACUUGCCGUAAAUGGCCAUGAUGCGUCACACACGAUUGAUUAUUCGGUUGAAUUCCCACCCAAUUUUUUCAAUUUUGAUUCCACAUUGAUUUCAGCUGAGGUCAGAGACAAGAUGAUUUCAAUGAGCCAUGUUGAUAGUAAAGAUUUCCCCUCCUUGGAGAGUUUGAAAUACUAUGCGCAAAUGUUUGAAUUUGGUUUCAACAAGUAUUGUUCGUUCAUUCAUUUGCCAUCGUUGAAGAAUGUACGUGGACAAAAUUUUGAAACCGUGCCACUUUUAUUAGCCAUCACUGCCAUUGGUUCAUUAUAUGCAUAUAAUAACCACGAUGCUUUGUUGUUGUUUAAUAUGUCCAAGUACCACAUCCAAGGUUUUUUUGAAAGAGAAUUGACUGUGGAUAAUAUUCAAUUCAAAAAGAUUCCCUUGAUGGCUCACCAAUGUCUAGUUUUGCAUAUUAUGCUUUCGUUGUUUUUCAAUGAGCCCAAUGUCAUUGACAUUACGGCAAGACAAAUCAAAUCAAUGAUUGGGUUGAUUAAAUCAACCAAUUUUAAUGAGCCAUUGGAACAAUCUAUUAUUCCACCCCAACCUGCACCUCACGGAUUAAUGAUUACUGAUGAAAUCAAACCCAUUAUCCAGCACAAUUAUGACUACUUCAUCUUGGCACAAUCAAGAAUUAGGACAUUGCACACUUUUUACAUUUUGCAAGUAUUUAGAUCCAGUAUCACUGGAGCACCAAUUAUGUUCCCAUCAACAAUGAUGAAGAGUGGAUCUUAUUGCAACAAUCGUGAACUAUGGUGGAGCCCAAAUGCUAGUAGUUGGUAUUCUACCGUGUGCAAAACCAACCCUCCAAAUUGGUCUAUUGUUGAAUUGAGCAAUGGAACAAGUGUGAAUGAACUUAUUAGUUAUUUGCAUAACCCAAAUCCAUUGACCAAUAUCCCCAAUGCUAAUCUUCUCACCAUAUUGUUUAACAUUCAUGAGCAAGUUGGUGUUGAUUUACGAGCAAAUGAUUUUAGCUACAUCAACUGGAACGUAUCGAAAAGACCCAAGUAUCACCAUUUGAUGAACAAUUGGCAAAUUCUUUUUUACAAGAAUGGGGGAAACUUAGACACUUCAUCAUUGAACUGUGAUCAGUUUAGUAGUUCACCUGAUUUGAAACAAAUUAUCCCGCUUUGGUACAUGUUGAAAAUGAAGAUGGAUAUCAACCUUGAUGCAACUUUUACUCACAUUUUCAAAAAGGAUUAUGUUUCGUUAAACAAGGAAUUGGAUUUGAUGGAUUAUCGUGAAUCCAAUUAUAGUGUCUUGAGUAAAUCUUUGGGUUCAGGAUAUAGCAUAUUGGAUUUAUGGAUUCAAACUACGGAAACCAAUAGUCUUGAUGUCCGUGAAACAACUGUUCGCACACCAGUGUUUUUAUUCAGUGGACUAUUGGCUAGUAUUUUGGUUAUUGCCACCUAUCUUGAUUUCUUGGAACAGCAAUGCAAGAGAAGAGAUAUUUCCAACCAAGAAUUGAUGGAAUGGUUAAGAUGUCAAGAAACAUUCACCAAGAUGGAAAAAGUUUUGACUCCAAGCGUCAAAUCGGUGUAUUCCGAUGUCUUGACGAAAGAUAUGCAAAAUUUGAGCAUUGUCACUGAGUCAGUCAGAAACAAGAUUAUUAAAUUGAGUGAAGAAAGAUCAAAAUGUGAUGAUAACUUGUCACGCGGGGUUCAGUUGGACUUCAAUAGAGAUCGCGUUACCAAAUUGAAUCAGGAGAUUAGAGAUUACGUGACUGAAAAUAACUUGGCCCAAAGGGCAUUUUAUUUGGGUAUUAGAGUUUUCGCUGAUGCGCCGGUUUGGCCAGCAGCUAUGGGAUUUGCUGAAGCUUUACAGAUUAGAGCCACCCAUUUGGCACAACAACAAAGGGCGAUGUUUUGA